AUGAAUCAAUUUCAACAGUUCAUGAAGAUUAAUUCAAAGUUCAAAUGUUUAGAUCCAAAGCAUUAUGAGGAUGAGGAUAGUUUAGAACUUAUCAAAUUUUUCUCAGAGCAAUAUCCGAUUGAUAUCAUAACUCUGGAUGAUGUUGUUCAAGAAUUUCCUUCAUUCAGAAUUCUUUUUAAAGAAACGGACACGGAAGAGUUGAACAUUAACAAUGUUUUAAAAUUCUUACUAACUAAUAAUCUCUGUGACCUUUACCCAAAUAUCACAACAUUGUAUAAAAUAUAUAUCACGUUGCCUAUUUUGAGCCCAUCAGCAGAGAGGUCCUUCAGCAGAUUAAAGCUCCUUAAGUCAUAUUUACGGUCCACUAUGAGCGAGGAAAGAUUUUCGGCCUUAGCAUUACUGACAACUGAAAGAGACUUAGUGAAUGACCUAGAUCUUGAAGUAGUGUUAAAUGGUUUGCCCAGAUGA